AUGUCCAAUGAAUCUGUCUUCCCUACCUUGCCUGAGGGAGAACUGGAGUUUCUAGCGAAGAUGUUUGCUUUAGACUCCAAGAACUAUCAUGUUUGGACAUACAGACACUGGCUUCUGCGGCAUUUCAAGCUGUGGGACUCCCCUGCUGAGUUGGCGGAUAUAGAAAGAAUGAUUGACGAGGAUGUGAUGAACAACUCCGCCUGGAACCAUCGGUGGAUCAUGCGAUUUGCGCCGCGGGAGGGGUUUGACAGCGGACUGCCUGGGGUGGGAAUCCCAGGCGGUGUUGGUGGCGCCGGUGCAGGCAAGAUGGUCGUCGUGGACGAGGAAAUGGUUGAUGGGGAGGUUGAGUAUGUAAAAAAGAAGAUUGUGCUGGCUCCUGAGAACCGAAGCCCGUGGGCGUAUCUGCGAGGUGUGCUUAAGGCUGCAGGCAGAGGCUUGGCGGAUCUCAAGGGCUUUGCAGAACGGUUUGUCGUUGAAGAAGUCGUUGAGGAGGGUCAGGGUGAGUUCUUGGUCAAGAGCAGCCAUGCGUUGGAGUGGCUGGGCGACAUAUAUGCCGAGCAGGCGCAUGAGGCUGAGGCAAAGAACAACGCGGUGCAGAUGUUUACGCUAUUGAAGGAUAAAUAUGAUCCAAUCAGGAGGAAUUACUGGGAAUACCGGAUUAGAUCAAUGGACAAGUAG